UUUCCCCGCGUUCAACUCACCGCGCAUCGGCGUAACGAUCUACUGAUCAGUCCGGCGCGCGCCUCUGUCGAGUGUGGUUGUACGUUCGUUCGUCUCUUCUAAUUCGCGAAAAUCGUGCAGGAUAAAUUGACGAUCCAAGCGCUUUUCAAGUUCGACGGAUUCACCGAUUUGCAGAUUCGAGAAAUAAGCGAUCAAAGAACAAACACUUCCGUGAACCGUGAAACAUUAUAACAACUGCCAAUGAAGAUCGUGUGACUAUCUUCAAGCGGAAUGCGAUUAUAACCAUGGACAGUUGUUAUUUCCAUUCGCUUCUCAAGUAGAUCAAGCAUGAGGUUUAUUUAUUGAUAACCCCUUCAGUGGAUGCGUGUAGUGCCUACUUAAGUUUUGAGCCGAGCCCGAUUUCAUAACCUGACGGUAAAAAGAACAACUGGAAAAAUACUUUCUCUCUCCUGGAGUGAAAAUUCGUCGGGCUUACGUCUUGCGUUCACGUCCGAAGCGUGGAACAGGUCACAAUGAACACCAUGUGGCUGGAUGAGCCACCGAUGUAUGGGUGCCACUAUUGCAAGGAUCAAAGGCGUGAAGAAAUCCCCGGCAUCCUGAAAUGGCGGCGAACCCAAUUUGGGGACGUCCAAAGACUUUAUGAUUUGACGCGCAUGAAGACUUACGACGUCUUCGGAAACGUCGAUCCAGCGUCAAUCUUCGAGAACUCGUGCUUGUCCCUCGUGCAGAUCAACGCGGUUAACGAGGUGGUCACCAACAUAUCCCUGUGCAAUUACCCAAACAUUCCUUCUGUAUCGCCUGAUAGUUGGGUUGAAUGGAUAUCCCGUCAUUACGGAAUGCAAGCAGUGACGGAACGUAACACGUUGUUCAUUCACAUGCUGCUUUGGGAUAUUCGUUACAACGACGAAUUCUUCAAACGACUUUUAGACUCGGUAUUCAUUUCCAGUAUUCACACUACCCACGUGAUUUUGGUUAUGCCGCCAUGGGUGGCGCCGGUUGGAUUCAUGGAGGAACAGAUGACGCGAAUUGUUCCCAUUGGUCAAACCGACAGCUACCGAAUACAGGCGCUUUACAUCAGCCUUCGUCACAUGCACUCUCCAAGACUGAAGAUCCGGCGUGUCGUCGAAGAGGACAACGACGACAUUAUUCCAAUUCUUGACCGAGAGUCCCAGCGGUUCAAGGAACUCUACGGAGAGUUUUACAUCAGUGAGAUGAUGCGAUAUCCAGAUGGUCUGCGUCAACUCGUAGUGGCCGAAGUCGACGGUCUCGCAACCGGAGUUUUGUGCCUCAAUAAAAUCGUAGACAUCGAGGCUUUGAAUCAACACUUUGAACUCGCGCCUUAUCACGGACUUCACAAGCCUCAUCCAUCCGACAAAAUUUACAGUGAAAACGACCACCAUGUUACAAGCGACAUCUUAUUUCCCACCGACGAGCUCCAGAAGAAAGAUCGCUUCAAGGUCAACGCGAUGUCGAAUUCCUCGACAUUUAAUGGUUUAACGGAGGAAACGGAUGAAGACUGGUUCUACAGAGAUAGGAACGAGACUGAAUGCUCGUGUUCCGACGACGGUGAUGCCUGCAGUAAAAUAUUUUCCGACGCACCCUGUCCAUCGUGUCAAAAAACUGAGUCAACCUCUGUUCUCUGGACAUCGGCGAGCUCUGAGGAUUCGGAAAGCUUUGGUAAGGGAAUUGGAUCAGGCCGUGGAUCAUUAGCGCGCGGAAAAACGAGUCGAACUUACGUCCAACUCAAGAGAUCGAAAGAUGCAAUGGUGAGAGAUGCGACGAUGAACUACCAACACAUUUAUUAAUGCACCUUGUUCAAACUUACACAGAAGGAAAAGUCGACCUCGAUAUCCAAUUACAAAUUCAGGAAUGAAACCACCAGUGACGACACUAAAUCUGUUGAGAGUAGAACCAUCUCCAGAGCUAUAGAAAUGGAAAGAUUGUCGGUCUGGCGAUCUAUAGAAUCCGUUAGCGUGGCUCAGGAAGCUCUUUAUAAAAGAGUCACCGCAUUUACGCUCGAUGUGAGGACGAGCCAAGCUCUAUCAGCUUCCGAAAAAAGUAGUUCUCGAUCGAUCGUUCGACCGCCAGCCGAUCCCUUUCCUUCAGGCCCAAAAAAAGGUUCCGUUUUGCCCAGCAAGGUGCGACUCGAUAUGGGAACCAAAGAUGAUUCUUUAGCCGAGGAAGAGGAAACAAAUCCUACUGACGUUAUCAUCGAAAUUAGCCCGCAAAAAAUCAUCCACAAGGAGAUAAAUUGGCUGCCCAUUUAUCGCGGUCAAAUAAACGCCUUUACCCUCGAAUUAUUCAGCAUGAAGGAUGACGUCGAUGAGAGAUUGGCCCACGAUUAUCUUGAGGCAGUUUUCGAAUGCUUUCCUGAUGAGGAAUACUGUGUCGUUCUGAUACCACCAUUCUUUCCCACGUUUCCGCUGCUGCAGAGUUUUGUGCGUGUUCCUCUGCGAUUCAACAAAGAUUAUCCUUUGGUAAUGUACCUCGCGCAUCGUGCAAGCGUCAUUGGAAAUUUUAGAACCAGGGAAGCUGAUCCGAGCGACGUAACCCGGGCUGAGGAGCUGCUGGCUGGUGUUCCUAAACGAAGUCAGGUCAUCAAAGAUCUGGAAUCUGCUCUAGAGAAGGACUCGCUUUAUCUAGCCUACGUGUUUCUGUGCGAAGAAACACUCGUCGGAUUCGCGAUACUGCGCGUGGAAGAAGAGAUCGAAUUCAUACGUAGUCAUUAUCAGAUAGAAGACCAUAUCUCGUUUGACAAUGUACCCAUUGAUUCCCACGGACGGAUAAUUCACCUGACGAUGAUGCCAAUUUUCGCAAAUCUUCAUCGCUACUUCUUUCUGGAGCUCAUGCGGCUCAGUGACAAACGCGCUUUGUACUAUCGCCUGUAUCACAGUGACGCCAGUGCCUUGACGCGGGCAGAACCGUUGGUUACGUUUCUGGGUGAAAUGAUUCCCGUGACGCCUAGAAGAAGGCUGAAGUAUUGCCUGGAUAAUUACCCUGAUGCCCAACCAGCCGAUUACGUUCUUCAAGAAAGUGCGGAAAAUUUCGCUCUUUACAUGAUGGUACCACGAAUCGCCAGAAUUCAAAAACUCGACGUCAAUGUCAGAGUAAUCGUCGUAGGUGCUUCGGAUUGCGGUUUAUCCGUGUUGGAGACCCUGGCCUUUGGACCAAAUGCCUCGACCAUCAGCUUCACCAAUCUGACCCUGAUAUCUCGGGAUGGAAUUCCGUUCGAAAAUCGGCCUGACGAUAUGGAGAAAAACGAGCUACCCUUUAAGGGUCGCUACUCUCGUGACUACAGACACCUUAUUGGCACCAGGGCCUGGAUCAACGUGGUCCACGGGACGCUCACUGCCAUUAACAGAAAGGAUAAAUUCGUCAAGAUAUCGAGUAUGGGAGCCCUCUCUUACGAUUACUUGGUCCUCGCAUGCGGACUUCAAUACCAACGACCAAAAUUCCUGAAAGAGUUGAGAGCGGAGAAAAAAGGAAACUUCAACAAUUACCCAACCCCGGAAAACUGUUUGACCAUUAACACUGAACGAGACGCUGCUAAUUCCCUCAACUACUGUCAACGUGUCGUUACGGAUAAUCCGGCGUGCUCAGUCAUCCUUUAUGGAAAAAAUAUCGACUGCUACUCAGCACUGGCCAUGCUGCUAAAGUCGGACUUGAGACCAGAUAAUAUAACGUUGGUUGAACCGGCUGUGCAAGCAUGCGAUACUGAAAAUUCCAGCUUUCUAUCCAACGACGAGGUCGAAGAAGCGGUGAUCAAAGCCACUAAAGAAUCAGGUGUCAACAUAGUGCCAGGCGGAGAUUUGGUGGACUGGAUUCUCGAAGAGGAUGAAGAGGACGUUUUUAUCGUCUCGGUGAUAAUAGAGCAAGGUGGCGAGCUCCGGGAGCUAGUUUGCGAUGUCCUUUUCAAUUUUAAGAAGAAAACCAUCAACACCAACACAUUUCUCGCCAUUUGCGAAAGUGGUCUCGUCUUCGACGGAGCUCUUGUCAUAGACCCGGAAUUCCAAACGAACGAUCCUUGCAUUUUUGCUGCCGGUACAAUGACCAAGUAUUCGAGAAAAUUCUACGCCGAUGAAGUCGCCCACAAGUAUUACGACCUCUUCGAAGUCGGCGAAAAGGUUCGACCUCCUUUCCUUGCCAAUACUUUUCUCGGAGUACACAGAGUUAUGAUCAGUGCCCUUUGUUCCCGUCUUAAGCUGGGCCAGAAACUUAGGGAUAUCAUAUGUUCUGAAAAUGGUGCCAAGGCUAACGAAGCACCGUUGUCGAAGUUGGACAUGAUGCUGCCCAUAUUUAAAAAACCGAUAGUAACGUCCUGCCGACUACCUGGCGACUACUAUUACCUCAAUAUAAAACGACCCGGGAAUUUGAUCUGGGACGAUGUUAACGACGUCGUCAUGAUUACCGGAAGCCCAAACUCUAGUAUCGGGUAUUUUCAACUUCACCUCAACCAGUUCGACACCGUUGAAAGCAUAACCUGCCUCAGCAGAAAGGAGUUCGAGGUCGAAAAUUACAUCAGUUUGUACGGCAAGCAUCAGAAUCUUCUUAACGAUCUCAAGAUGCGGUUUCAAAACUCGAUGAUUCCCGAUUUAUACUCGUACUUUCGUGAGCCAUGGGCUGUCGCUCUGUUCCUUGACAGAUUUGACCUUCUUCGUGCUGAGAAUAAAGCCAUCCUUCAGUCUCCUACGGUUAGCAAAAAUCCCCCGAACCCAUGUCAUCAAAAAUAUCAUCGAUUCUUCUGUAUAUUCACUUUACCACAGGUGGUUUGCGACGACGCGCUGAUAAACGAUUGCACGAAGGCAUUGAUGAAGUCGAAAUGGGAAGCGAUGAAGCCGGAAGAUCAAGAGAUGAUCGAGGCUCGUUACGCUGGCUCCGCUUAUCAGGAGGAACUUGAAAACAAUUUGAUCGAUUUCCUCCAGCACUCCGAAGCCCAUCUUCCCAUGUACUGCAAUCCACGUUUCCUCAGGCGCUUUAUGGACGAUGUCGAAAAGCUCCAAGGCGAUCCCUUGUUCCCCAAACUAGACAUCUGGAUCCAAUGACUUAAUUCCGAUUACCGAUCGCUGUCGGAAGUGAGAGAGUCGAUACGGGUGUCAUAUUCCUCGUGCCAGAGUCCCUUCUGUAUCGGUGGCAAUAAAUUAACGAUCAUAACUCAAUAAAGCGUCUAGGAAAA